AUGCUGCGGGGCCCAGAGGGGCCGGUGCAGGUCUGGGUGGGCGGCCAGCUCUUCCAGGCAGACCAGGCCCUGCUGGUGGAACACUGCGGCUUCUUCCGCGGCCUCUUCCGCUCCGGCAUGAGGGAGGCGCGCGCCGCAGAGGUGCGCCUGGGCGUGCUCAGCGCGGGCGGCUUCCGAACCAUGCUGCAGGUGCUGCGCGGCGAGCGGCCCACGCUGGCGGCCGACGACGAGCUGCUGCAGGCGGUGGAGUGCGCCGCCUUCCUGCAGGCGCCGGCGCUGGCGCGCUUCCUAGAGCACAGCCUCACGUCGGACAACUGCGUGUUGCUGUGCGACGCGGCCGCCACCUUCGGGCUGCGCGACGUCUUUCACAGCGCCGCGCUCUUCAUCCGCGACGGCGCCCGGGAACUGGCAGCGGAGCUGGCGCUGCCCGAAGCCCGCGCCUACGUGGCGGCGCAGCGGCCCAGCAGCUAUGUGGCCGUGAGCACUCACGCGCCCGCGCCCGGCUUCCUGGAGGACGAGUCGCGCACGCUGUGCUACCUGGACGAAGAGGAGGACGCAUGGCGCACGCUGGCCGCGCUGCCCCUGGAGGCCAGCACGCUGCUGGCAGGCGUAGCCACACUGGGCAACAAGCUGUACAUCGUGGGCGGUGUGCGCGGCCCCAACAAGGAGGUGGUGGACCUGGGCUUCUGCUACGACCCCGAUGGCGGUACGUGGCGCGAGUUCCCCAGCCCACACCAGCCGCGCUAUGACACUGCUCUGGCUGGCUUCGACGGCCGCCUCUACGCCAUUGGGGGCGAGUUCCAGAGGACGCCCAUGAGCUCUGUUGAGUGCUACGACCCGGCCGUGGGCUGCUGGAGCUUCGUGGCCGACUUGCCUCAACCGGCCGCAGGUGUGCCCCGCGCCCAGGCGUGUGGCCGCCUCUUCGUAUGCCUGUGGCGGCCGGCUGACACCACAGCCGUGGUGGAGUACACAGCGCGGGGUGACAUGUGGCUGCCGGUAGCUGAGCUGCGGCGUUCACAGAGCUAUGGCCAUUGCAUGGUGGCCCACCGCGACAGUCUCUACGUGGUGCGAAACGGACCUUCUGACGACUUUUUGCACUGUGCCAUCGACUGCCUCAACCUGACCACGGGCCAGUGGACAGCGGUGCCCGGCCAGUUCGUCAACAGCAAAGGAGCGCUUUUCACCGCAGUGGUGCGCGGCGACGUUGUCUACACAGUCAACCGCGUGUUCACGCUGCUCUACGCCAUCGAGGGCAGCACCUGGCGGCUGCUCAGGGAGAAGUCCGGCUUUCCGCGGCCGGGCUCCUUGCAGACUGUUCUCCUUAGACUGCCUCCUGGCGCUCCAGGGCCCGUGGCAUUGCCGCUGCCAGAACUGUGA